AGGCAUGUUCCAUAAAUCUUUCUCCCAAAAUACUUGUUUUUGAAGCUCUUUUCCUACCCCCAAAACUUGAAAUUAACUUCCCAAGCUCACACCCGAUCGAUCUACAUUAUUGAAAUGGCUUCUCGCAUCUUCUUGCUAGGACUCCUCGCUGUGUCUUUUACCGUCAGUACCUUGGCAUCUGACCCAAGCCCUCUUCAUGAUUUCUGCGUUGCAGAUAAAACAAGUUCAGUUCAAGUGAAUGGUUUAGCCUGCAAGGAUCCCAAGCUGGUUCAAGCCGAUGACUUCUUCUUCAGUGGACUACACAUAGCAGCCAACACAACAAACGUCCCAUUCGGGGCAAGGCUGACACCGGUGACUGUAGCCCAAGUAGGAGGGCUAAACACGCUUGGCAUCUCCAUUUCCCGCGUUGAUUACGCACCCGGGGGUUUCAACCCACCUCACACCCACCCUCGAGCCACCGAAAUUAUAACAGUCUUGGAAGGAAACGUCGAAGUUGGUUUUGUCACAUCCUACCCGGACAACCGUCUCAUGAGAAAGGUACUAGGAAAGGGCGAUGUCUUUGUCUUCCCCAUCGGUCUCGUCCACUACCAAGUAAAUGUAGGUUCUACGAAUGCCGCUGUAAUUGUUGCUCUGAACAGUCAAAACCCUGGUAUUGUCUCAAUUCCGAAUGUGUUGUUUGGGUCUACACCAAAAAUCGGAAGUGACAUUCUUGCAAGAGCCUUCCAAGUUGAUAGGAACGUUGUCGAUGGUAUCAAAUCCAAGUUCUAGACAAGAGAUAGCAUAAUAUGAUUACUAGAUCAACAUGAAAGAACAACUGAUCUACCUUCCAAGUUCAGACUAGUACUGAUCCCUAGCAGUUUGGUAUUUUGUAUGCCUGUCACAGAAGUUUGAGGCUUUCUGACUCUUUCUAUUCUUCUGUGCAUUGCUUUAUCUUUAAGCAAAUGGUAAUUGUUUUUAUAUAUUUUCUGACAUUGAAGUCAUAUACAUAUAGUGUAUUCAAUAAAAACUAAUUUUAGAUUGAAUACUGGCCGUGAUGAUCUUCAGCCUCAA